CUUCAGAGCCCGUCUGUUUUUGUUUUUGAGCCUGGGCUCUUUGCACAGGAAACUGUGUAUACAUUGGGAGCAUUCAGGAAAGGCAGGGAGAAGCUUUCCCAUUAGCUCCAACUAUGAGGACAUAACGGAGGGGAGAAAAAAAAAUAUAUAAGAGGGGUCAGUAACUGGGAGAGAAACAGAUGUCAGCUGUUCUCCUCCUCCCAUAACCUCGUCUCCCUCCCUCUUACAUAGUCUGGACGCUUGAAAAAUCCCUGCCACAUCACUGCCACGAGGCUAUCCCUCAAUUCAGAAAACGCAGAAAGUCUUUCUCAAAAAGCAACUAUAGCCAUGUUCCUAAUGGAUGGGUGUCUCAGCUGCAGAAGAAACCAGUGAGGAGAACAGACUGGAAUGAAGGAAAAGAGGAGGAGAUAAAAGAGCAGAGAGAGGGAGAGCAAGAGAGAGAGACUGGGGGUGAAAAAACAACAGGAAACCAAACGAUUCUAAUGCUGUUUCUCCAGAUCAGCUCACAUAAUUCAGCUGAGCACCAUGAGGAACAGUCCCACCGCGUCUUUUCUCGGCUCAUCUCCCGAAGAACGAGCCAUGUAAAAAGAGCUGAAGUUUGAAAAGUGACGUCAGCAGCAGCCGUACGGUCUGUCAGGGUGCGAGCGGAUGCAGGCAUUUGGGAGCUGUGUGCUGGGAUUCCUGUGCGGCUGCCUUUUGACCUGCCGACUAAUUUCUGGUUUUUGGGCUCAUAUGGAUCAAUUCUGGUGCUUUCAGGGAACUUUCUGUUUCAGUCUUCUGGACUACUAACUGGAGCCCACAUGAAGAAUAAAGGAAACAAGCAGAAGACCAAAAAGAAAGGAAGUGAGAAUGUGUUCGGCUGUGACCUGACAGAACAUCUCCAGGGCUCAGGACAAGAUGUUCCCCAGGUUCUCCAGAAGUGUGCGGAGUUUAUUGAGCAGUAUGGGAUUGUGGAUGGGAUCUACAGACUCUCAGGGGUCACCUCAAACAUCCAGCGUCUCAGGCAGGAAUUCUGCUCCGAGGCGUGCCCUGACCUUACCAAGGAAGUAUACCUCCAGGACAUCCACUGUGUGGGAUCCUUAUGUAAGCUCUACUUCAGGGAGCUGCCCAAUCCUCUGCUCACAUAUGAGCUCUACAGCAAAUUCACUGAGGCUGUGUCGUUUCAAGGAGACCAAGACAGACUUUCACAUAUUCAGACAGUUAUCAAAGAGCUUCCCUCCCCUCACUUCAGGACUCUGGAAUACCUUUCCAAGCACUUGGCCCGUCUUGCUACCUUAAGCGCCCAGACAAAUAUGCACACGCGCAAUCUGGCUUUGGUUUGGGCUCCAAAUCUGUUAAGAUCCAAGGACAUUGAGACUUCAUCUGGUAAUGGAGACAUGGCCUUCCAGGAAGUGCGAAUACAGCAGUCAGUGAUUGAGUUUAUCUUAAACCACACAGAGCAGAUCUUCAGUGGUGAUUCGGAUCAAAUAAGACCCAAAGAAGGACCGAGUUUGAUGUGUGCAGAGAAAUAUGCCACUCUCCCGAUCAGUGGUGGGAGUGGGCCUAUGAAACUGAUGAGCCUGGAAGAAGCCCAGGCCCGCUCCUUAAGUCCAAAUCACCCAGUGCACAAAGAACGUCAGCGAGAGAACAGCCUACCUGACACUAGCACUGCAUCGCUCUAUCACACAGUCAUAGAAAUAUCAGACAACAAGAGGAGGUUCUCUGGAAAAUCUAAAAAGUGGAAGUCUAUCUUUAACCUGGGAAGAUCUGUGGAGUCAAAGGGAAAACUCAGCCGCAAUGGCAGUGUGUUCAUCAGAGCACAGGGAGCAUCAGAAAAGGCAGCUCUGCGUCCUUCCAGAAGCAUGGAGUCCUUGUGCUCCUCGUCUCCAGAUGAUGACGGGGCAAGAAGCAAUACCUCAGCUGAUGGAUCCAAUAGUAUUUUUAUUCCUGAUGUGAAAUCCAGAACACUGGGAUCUGACUCCCUCUAUGAUCUGAACGAACAUAGCCAAAACUGGGAGAUGAAAGCAAAGAGAGGUGGUGCAAAGGCCGGCUGGAGCUCCGGCCUGAACCACAAAGACUCACCGGGAGCGUCCUCUUUCCAGAAAACAAUGCCAGAACAGCUCAAGGUGUUCAAAGGGGAUGACCUCAGCAACUACAAACCGAGUUCUCCAAAAAACAGGAGGAUGCUGUACUCCGGCUCCUCCCGGCCCUCGUUCCCAGGCAGCUUCUUCCCACUGGAGUCUUCGCCGAGGCACCAACGCAGAGCCGUCAACAUAUCUGAGCCUUUUGCCGUGUCCGUGCCCUUACGCGUGUCUGCCGUCAUCAGCUCCAACAGCACGCCGUGCAGGGGGCCCAACAAAGAGAAAGCAGCCACUUUGAAGCCUUGCAGGGAGCCUACAGAGCAGAGCAGCCACUUUAAAAAGAGCAACACGUUCCCUCUGCUGGAGCCGAAAAGGCAGGAAGGAACAGAGAAGAAGCACACCGAGGUUCUGACCUUCAGAGUGUCGCCAGAGGAUAAAGACAAGAAAACAUUGCAAAAAAAUGAAGGAGUAAAGAUUGUUUCUAAACUGGAAGAGCUACCUAAUCCACAAAAAAGUGAAGACAAAGAUACAGCGCCAUCUUCUGGAGAAGACAUUCACAAUCUCACUAAAGAUACACAACUGGAUGUUGGACCUGCAGCUGGGAAAACGCUUUGGUCUGACCUCCAUCAGGAGCUGAAGAUAACUGAGCCCGAAAUCAACCUGCUGCAUAAGACUUUCAAACCGGUUUUUGCUUCAACAAGCACCAAGUUAACAAUGGACGUCAAGUCAAAGCGAAGCCGCAGCUCUCCGUCUUUAUCUCUGCUUUGUAAGGAGCCUUCAUCGAACGCCUCUUUGGGCGAGCGUGUAACUGCAAAUAGACCCGACUCAAAAAGAAAACAGCCCUCGGAAUCAGACCUGUUGUUUUGUGUUCACAAAAACUUUGACGUCCAAAUUUCAAGCGCAUUAGAUGCAAAAGAGAAGCUGAAACCUUUGCAUAAAAGUGCUCCAGCUUACAGCAGCCAGGUUCCCAGGAGGGAAACCAGGGCAGACUGCGUUAGAAAUCCUCUAACGAUAGAGGACGCCCCACAGGUCGCAAGCUUCUCAGACAGUGCAGACAGACAAUCUGAGAAACAAGAGGACACAAAAAUAUCGCAGGACGAAGUAAAGAAAAGCGUGAAUCCUGAGGUGGAACUCUGUCAGAGACUUUCGGUGUGUUUAGAGGAGAGACGAAACACUCCAGAGCUGGCAAACUUUGAUGACGAAGACGUAUUUGGAAUGAACCUGGAGGAGCUGGACUUGGUGGAGUCCUGGGAGGAUCUUAGCUCCACCAAGCAGUGGGUUACUAGUCCUCUGCACUCGCCUGACGUCGAGGAGCUGUUUAACCAGCUUUCCCCCUUCAGUUCUAAGGGAGAAACUCCGAACCCAGAGGAUUCAUCUCCUGAAAACAUUCCUCAGAGUGUUGGAGCUAACCCAGAAAUUAAAUGGACCAAUCUGCCGUUGGUGCCUAGACGGACGAGCUUGAACAACAAUAAUGCAACCCAACCUCCAACAACAAAGAGCAGCACGGCAAAACCAAAGAAUACAGCAUCAUCUCAGAGAUUCACCAGGCAAAUGUCAUGUGAGACAACAACGGCAGAGAAAAAAGAGGAGCACGGCUCUUUCAGACAAAGACCCUGCUCCCUUAACUUAGACCUUAGCCAUCGAUGCAUAAGAGACAUUUCAAAUCAGCAAAAUCGCAAGUCGUCUGAGUUUUUUUCUGGUCCAAAAGGCUUGCUGGCCGCUUCUGGAACUGUGAAUAAAGGACAUUCUGAGUUGGAUCUGUUUCUAAAUGACAGACAGGCGCCUCUCCGCCGAAACUCUGCCCCAGUCAGCGUGUCAUCGGUGCGGACAGCCUUCAUGAUAAAAACAUGUCAGGUCAAAGCUGUGCCCGUUGUCCCUCCGCAGGUGCAGUACAGCCAGAUACCUCAAACAAGACAGGAAAGUGAUUCUGGCACUGUGAAGGAGCAAGAAAAGGGAUUACCAAGGACAAGCACAGACACGAGCACUGCCAUCCCGCCUAUGAUGAUGUCGGACCUAAAGGAGGAACUGGAGAACAAAGAGCCACCCCCUAAACACCAAAAGCAUGCAAAUGUUCAGAAAUCAGCUGAAGCUGGAAAGAAUGCCGCCCCAGAGCUGCCAGUCAUAACCAGGAGGCAUGCCCCGAGUCUGGAAGUGUUUGUAGACGGUCCUAGACCCAACAGAGGAGCACUGCUGCAAAGGCCGUCCUUUAGAAACCGGCAGAGACCUCAGAGCCUCAUCCUCCUCAGCCCCCCUUUCCCGUUCAUGGACUAUCCAACAUCAGGGGACGAUGGCAAGCUGCUCUCAUCCAUCAAGAGUCUAAAUGACACGUCGGCGCUCAACGUCUUUUCCAAAGACAUGACCGAGAACUUCAGGACACAAGAGGGACACGCUCUGCAGAAUAAGAUGACGAUCCCGAAAAGCGGACAGAGACUCGAAACAUCAACCAGCUGCUUCUACCAGCCUCAGAGGAGGUCCAUGAUAUUCGACAGCAGGAGUCCCAGGCAGAUCGAGUGACUGCGAGUGGGCCCGCGUGUAAAUAGGUGCAGAACAUAAAGAAUCUUUGGAAAACAGAAAAGAUCAUGAUAAUAGUCUAUGGGAUGAAGCCAAAGCGAUCCAAAAACCAAAAAGUGGAAACCAUAACUCAGAUUUCUCUGAUACAUGAGGCUAAGAUCAAUAUUUUUAUUCACUCUCUUAGUCCUCACUGGUAUUUUUUUAUACAUGUAAUCAUAUUUUUUUUAAUCAAAUGAUAUUUUUAUUCCCAGAUAGAGUUUCAAAUUAAGUUACAGCGUCAAAGUACUAAGUAUGACACUAUGACCACUGACAAAAUAAAUGCCAUCAAAUUUCUCUUCCUCUUCUCACUUCAUAGAGGCCUGACUAUAUGAGGCAGCAAGUGAACAUUGUGUUAUCAAGGUUGGCAAAAAUAUGCAAGUUUAAACAGGGACAAAUUGUGGUGGCUAAUUUCUCUCCACCAUUUCUCUCCCAGGUUUAACGCACCUGGAUCAAAUAAUGGCUCAUUAGAAGGCCUAAGAAGAACGUUGACAUGCUGAAAAGGUUGUUAUUACUAACUAACUAAAACCUGCAGGAUGCAGGAUCACCCCUAUACUAGAUAACAAAUCAGACCCAAGAGAGCAUGUGCCAGGACUGCUGAUAAAAUUUAGGCUGCUGUUCUAUGUUAACUUGAUGGCAAGAUGACCUUUCACUGAGCGAUAAUGACAUCUGUAAAGAACAAAAAAAAAAGAAAAAAGAAAAAGUGGGAAGCAGGUUCUGUCCUAAGAUGUGCACAAAUUGCAUGCAUUUAAUUCAGAACAAACUGAAGUCAAUCACAUGUUGCUCUUUUUUUUCCAGAUAUUAGCUCUGCAGCAUAUGGUUGCUAAACUGUCUAACUUUUUUCCCCC